AUGCGUCGAGCAAAGUCCCAGGCCGAGCCUCAGGUCGGGCUUCACACGGAUCUCAUUAUCACCAACACGGGUAUCUCGAAUGAACUAUUAACAGCAAUGCCGAUGGAGAUAAUGCUCGAAAUUUCGAAGUACAUGAGUCAAGCCACUAAGGUUUGUCUGGCCCAGACUUGUCGCGGCCUCUCAACCGUCAUGGACGUAGCUCUAUACGAUCAGGAUAGCAAAGAGGAUCGACACGCGCUGUGGUGGGCUUGCAUGAGUAACCAACAUAAACUUCUACGACGUAUCAUCAACUAUGACUCCAGCCUUGUCAACUAUCAUUUCCGAAAGGUCCAUGCUAUCAAAUCCGUACACUCCAUCCCAAAACACCUAAUGAAGGUUUGCGCCAAACAUAGAGGCGCUGAUUUCAGCAUUCAUCUCACCCCUCUCACGGUAGCCAUUCGAUUUGGAAGUUUCAAUAUUUUCACUACUCUACUCAAAUUAGGUGCAAACGUGAAUGCUGCCGUCCCCUCCAACGGUAUGGGUUCUGGCAAGCUCUGGCUUCCUAUCCAUUGGGUGGUUCGCCUAACUAAGAGCGGUAAGGACUUUGAAGACUGUGUCAGUCUUCUGAUCAAGCAUGGCGCCAACAUUAAUCAAGCUCCUCUGCUACCGGGAAUAAUUGGACAGUGUGGAGAUGGUGUUCCUCUAUUGGAGGUGAUCGACUUUCAGCCCUAUUUCGGACAAAACCGCUCGGAGCCUCCGGACGCUUUGUACGAAACUCAGAUCAAGACUCGUAUUAGUAAGGCCAAAGCACUCCUUCGAUUUGGAGCGGACCCCAACUUUCGAGAUCCAAGCUCCCUUGAAACUCCGAUCUUUAAGGCGGCACGAUCUUUAGCUUCCUACGACCCGGAGUCUCCGUUUGCAAAACAGAUUGCGCUUCGUCACGAUGUUCAGCGCGUCUACGAAGAAGUUGUAGUGGUCAAUGCUUUGCAGCUUUUCAAAGCCUUGAUCGAUCAUGGCGGAAACCCGAAUAUUUCCUGCGAUAGGACCACCGCCCUGCAUCUCCUAUGCAAACGCAGCCGGGAGUAUAUCCACCUGAUCUAUUACCUCUUACAGGCAGGAGCUUGUAUCAAUGCUACUGAUGCAAACGGCCGCACCCCUAUUUACCAAUACGUGAUGUUCCCUCGUAGUCACAUAUUUCUCACCGAAUUCAUAGAGCACGGCGCGAAUGUCAACCAUCGGGACUUCAAGGGCCGUACCCCGCUACACGUAGCCUGUGCCGACUAUAAUGCUUGUCAUUCGUAUCUACAAGAUACUAUUAAGACACUACUUGAGAACGGCGCCGACCCUACUCUAGUUGACAAUGAAGGCAAUACCCCGCUUGCCCUUCUUGACGCACGAAGGAUCCGGACUUGGGUCGAAACCCGAAAGAUUCUCCUAAAGGCCGAGUUGAAGGCAUCCGGAGCUGAUUCGGAAGAAUUGGAAGAUGAGCAAUACAAGGAGGAUGAUGCCGAUUGGCUCAUAUACAAUGACUUGGAAGAAAGUCAUGAUCUCAUGUGGAGAGAUUACUGGUAACAGGGGGGAGUUUUCUGAAUUAGUGCCGUGGCGCUCUAGCUGUGAUGCGUGAAGAAGCAAAUGCCAUAAAGUGGCAGAAGUCCAGGAUGCGGACAUAGAGAUCAUCAGAAGAUCAAUCAGGAUUUCACCUACGGAGGGUGAGAAAAAGAGAACAAAAAGGGGAGAAAAUCAGAUUUGAAUGGAC